GUUCCUUUACAAAUCCUAAAGUUUUGAAGUGGAUAUGAUAUUAUGGAGAAUGAAAACUCUCACGAAGAUUCUGUGUCUUUUCGUAGUUUUCAGUGGUGUGUCGAUGAAGUCUGGAGAUGUUUUUGAGGGAACAGUGGGUGAAAAGGUGGAGAUCAGAUGUCCAUAUCCAGAUGAUUACAAAUAUAUACCCAAGCACCUUUGCCGGGAUCCCUGUGGAUCAUCAAGGCAUGUUUUGAUUAAAAGUGAAAAGUCUGAUCAGGUCGUCACUGAAGGAAGAUACUCUUUGAUUGAUACUGUGAGUGGAAGGUUCUUCACUGUAACCAUCAGUGAUCUCAGACUCAAAGACUCUGGUGUUUAUUACUGUGGAGUUGAUCAAUGGUUCAGAGACACAUUGAAGAAAGUUAUUCUGUCUGUCCGCCAAGCAGCUCCUGUGAACACACCUUCACACACCUCUGAAAAGACUAUUACAACUACAACUACAUCUACAGAUAAAGGUUCAUCCAGUCAACAAAAAAAGAGAUUUUUUUUAUAUAUUGACAUUUCAUCUAAUCACUAG